UCUCUUGCUCUCUGUCAGGGCUUCUCUCUGAGACUUUGUGGCAGUUGAGCGAUUGGCGCUUCCUCCGCUGGGACAGCAGCCGAAACGCCCCCCCCAGUGGGUGGCCAGUCCAGACGCCUGAAAUGCAACUGGAGCCCGGCACGUAAACCAGUAUGGCGGUUCCCAGUUCAGAAGAACAGAAGAAACAAAACUGUUUCAUCUUGGGUGCGUCUGGAGAAACUGGGAAAGUAUUGCUACUUGAAAUCUUAAAGCAGCAAAAAUUCUCUCGUGUGAUCCUCAUUGGCCGCCGAAAGCUAAAUUUAGAAGGGACUCUUUACAGUAAUGUGGUCCAAGAAGUUGUUGACUUUGAGAAGCUAGAUGAAUCUGCUGCUGCCUUCCAAGGACAUGACGUAGGAUUUUGCUGCUUGGGGACAAGCAGAGCCAAAGCUGGAGCGGAUGGAUUUGUGCGUGUUGACCGUGAUUAUGUUGAACAUGCAGCAAAGCUAGCCAAAGCUGGUGGCUGCCACCACUUUAUCCUAGAGUCAAGCAAAGGUGCAGAUAGCUCCAGCAGAUUCCUCUAUCUGAAGACCAAGGGUGAAGUAGAAAACAGGAUUAAGGCACUUGGAUUUGACAGAUUCUCCAUAUUUAGACCAGCGGUGCUGUUAUGCGAUCGCCAGGAAUCUCGGCCUGGUGAAUGGAUGGCCAGGAAAGCCCUAGGAGUGGUAGCCUAUUUCUUUCCCACGUAUAUGUCUAUCCCUGUCACAACAGUGGCCAGAGCAAUGGCCAAUCUUGCAGUGAUGCCAGCAAAAGAUGGGCAGAAAGUGGAGGUGCUGGAAAAUGCAGCCAUCCAUGCCCUUGGUCAGCCAAAGUAAUCAACAGAGAAGAAGGGAUGUUUCUUGGAUAGCUUUAUAAUGAAGUGGUUUCAUUGAUUCCCCAAAGCCCAGCUUUACUUGCAGUUUUUUU